ACCCCACCAACAAAACAUUAAUCCUUUGAAACAUCUCCCUUUUCUCGGCAAGUACUGAACUCCAACUAAAAAUGAGAAUGGAGAAAGCAAAGAAAGGAGAAGAUGUGGGCGUUGACGAGGAGAAAUGGGUUUAUGAUUCUUCGGUUGAUCACAGAGGCAGGAUCCCUCCCCGAGCCACCACCGGUGUAUGGAAAGCCUCACUCUUCGUUAUUGCCAUCGAGUUUAGCGAGAGGCUAAGCUACUUUGGGAUAGCGUCGAGUCUAAUCAUAUACUUGACCAAGGUGAUCCAUCAGGACCUCAAAGUAGCAGCAAAGAGUUGCAACUACUGGUCUGGUGUCACCACUAUGAUGCCACUAGUGGGUGGGUUCUUAGCCGAUGCUUACCUGGGCCGAUUCACUACUGUUGUUGCUUCAUCCUCGGUCUAUCUUCUGGGUUUGAUUCUCUUGACAAUGUCUAGAUUGAUUCCAAGCUUCAAGCCUUGUGAUGCUGAGAGUUGCCACGAACCGAGGAAGAUUCAUGAAGUGGUCUUCUUUAUUGCCAUCUACUUGAUUUCUGUAGGUACUGGAGGCCACAAACCUGCUCUGGAGAGCUUUGGAGCUGAUCAAUUCGACGAAGAUCAUCCCGAAGAAAGAAGGAAGAAAAUGUCCUUUUUCAACUGGUGGAACUUUGGCCUCUGCUCUGGCUUAUUAUUUGGAGUCACAGUGAUUGUUUAUGUCCAAGACCAUGUGAGCUGGGCUGUCGCAGACAUUAUCCUGACUGCAGUAAUGGCUGCUAGUAUCGUCAUCUUCUGUGCCGGGAGGCCUGUUUAUCGCUAUAGAAAACCGACAGGAAGUCCCUUAACCCCAAUGCUACAAGUUCUUGUGGCAGCCAUUAACAAAAGAAAGCUUCCUUAUCCUUCAAAUCCGGAUGAAUUAUAUGAAGUUCCCAAGUCACAGAAGACUCAAGGGAGGCUUCUAUGCCAUACUGACAAGCUCAAAUUUCUUGACAAGGCUGCAAUCCUUGAAGACAUAGGAAGUUCAGAAGAGAAGCAGCAGAAUCCAUGGAAACUCGCAACUGUGACCAAAGUUGAAGAGAUGAAGCUACUCAUCAACAUGAUCCCCAUCUGGCUGGCUAUGCUGCCAUUUGGCAUUUGUGUAGCACAAACCGCAACAUUCUUCAUCAAACAAGGCACCACCCUGGACCGGAAAACCAAUUACGGGUUCCUGAUUCCUCCAGCCUCGAUUUAUGCCAUUGCAGCCAUUGGAAUGAUCAUCUCUGUAACCAUAUAUGACAAGGUCCUUGUGCCUGUAUUGAGACGGAUGACUGGGAACGAGCGAGGCAUCAACAUCCUCCAGAGGAUUGGCAUAGGGAUGCUUUUUUCGAUUGCAACCAUGGUGGUUGCAGCCUUGGUAGAGAAAAAGAGGCUCAAUUUUGUGGAAAAGGAUCCAGUCAAGGGCUCAGCCUCCAUGAGUGUGCUCUGGCUAGCUCCUCAGUUCCUGAUCAUCGGCAUUGGUGAUGGAUUCGCUCUGGUGGGCUUGCAAGAGUACUUCUACGACCAAGUCCCCGAUUCGAUGAGAAGCCUUGGUAUUGCAUUUUACCUCAGUGUGAUUGGAGUAGCAAACUUCAUUAGCAGCCUCUUGAUAACACUUGUGGACCAUGUAACCAGCAAGUCCGGGAAGAGCUGGUUCGGCAAGGAUUUGAACAGCAGCCGGCUGGACAAUUUCUACUGGCUUUUGGCUGCCAUGGCAGCUGCGAAUUUGAUCACUUACGUGAUCGUGGCUCGACAGUAUUCUUACAAGAAUGUGCAGGGGAGGACCGCUGUGGCUGUGGCUGAUUGCUAUGAAGGUGACACUGCACAGGCAAUGGCUUAAUACCCGCUCUAUAUGUCUAUGGUUUUAUAGGUUUGUGUCAGGAUUCAAGAAGGAUGGUGUCUGUUCUUCGUUCAUUUGCUUUUCCUUUUAGGCUUUUACCUUAACUCUGUAAUUGAAUGCUAGGAUUGAAAGUAUCGUAAGCUUAUAUGAAUUGGCUACUUAAGGUCUUGCAGUACUAGUGCUUAAUUACAUGUUAA